UAUCUUAAUUUCCAAGAUUUAUACCCUAAUUAUAAAAUCUGCUCCAACCAUUCAAAACGAGGUCGUUUAAUCCCCCCAUUUAAAAUUAUAAAUCCACAACGUCUCUCUGCAACCCACCGGCCACCGCUAAUCAAGCAAACAAAGUGCUCACGCUCGUGCAAAGCCCCGUCCUUGUCGCUCUUAAACGGCACCGUAUCUUAUCCGGAAGUCCCAGUAUACGUUGACUGUAUAAAAAUACGUAAAUCUAUUACCGUAUUUCAAUACACAUCUGGGAGAAGGAAAUUUUGGGUUUUGUUUUGGAAUGUUGAUGGAAGAGGUUUGAGUUUGAGAGGGAUGAAGGUGACGGGGAAAGCGAGUUUGCCGGAGACAUUUUCGGGGAGGAAUCCAACGGACGCGGGUCUCAAGCCGACGACGAAGCGAAGGACACGGAGCACGAGGUGGAGGCGGGUCGGUGCACCGGUGGUGGGGAGGCGAAGCAGGCCAGAGACGCCAUUGUUGAAAUGGAAGAUGGAGGAGAAAGAGAGAGGGAGACAGAAAGGCAGAGUUGAUGAGGAGCUCGAGGAUGAGGAGGAUGGUGGCCGGAAAGGUGGUUGUCGGGGACGACGGAGGAAAGGAGCUUCGACGGUGUCUGCUAGGAAGCUUGCAGCUGGAUUGUGGCGGUUGCAGCUGCCGGAGACGGAGACCCCCGGUGGCGAACACAGGAGGAGGGAUCUAUUAGGGUUUAAGCCUGGUAACGAUUUUAUGGGUGUCCCAUUCCUUUAUCAUCACAAGGACAAAAUUUAUGGUUCAGAUGCAAAGGAUCCAUUGCAGAGCUCUAGUUCUUUCUCUGGCACAAAGAAUGGCCUCCCGCAUAAGAUUGAGCCUUCAAUUCAAUUUUCAAACUCUGUGAUGGAGGGGGCAACAAAGUGGGAUCCUGUUUGCUUAAAAACAACAGAUGAGGUACGGCAAAUUUACAGCCACAUGAAGCGUAUUGACCAACAAGUAAGUGCUGUAUCAAUUGUUUCUGCCCUUGAAGCUGAGCUAGAGCAGGCUCGAGCUCGCAUUGAGGAGCUUGAGACUGAGCGCCGGUCCUCAAAGAAGAAACUUGAGCACUUCUUGAGGAAAGUUAGCGAGGAAAGGGCUGCAUGGCGGAGUAGAGAGCAUGAGAAAAUACGUGCAUUUGUUGAUGAUGUUAAAGCUGACUUGAACCGAGAAAAGAAAAAUCGCCAGAGGCUGGAAAUUGUCAAUUCCAAAUUGGUGAAUGAGCUGGCUGCUGCCAAGUUAUCAGCAAAGCAAUAUAUGCAGGACUAUGAAAAGGAAAGAAAGGCCAGAGAACUAAUUGAAGAAGUAUGUGAUGAGCUUGCUAAGGAAAUUGGAGAAGACAAGGCUGAAGUGGAAGCAAUAAAGAGAGUUUCCAUGAAGCUUCAAGAGGAAGUCGAUGAGGAAAGAAAGAUGUUGCAGAUGGCUGAGGUCUGGCGUGAAGAACGUGUUCAGAUGAAGCUCAUUGAUGCAAAGGUGGCCCUUGAAGAGAGGUAUUCACAGAUGAACAAGCUUGUAGCGGAUUUGGAGAGUUUUCUAAAGUCAAGAACUGGAACUCUGGAUGUGAAAGACAUGAGAGUAGCAGAAUCGCUUAGACAAGCUGCUGUUUCAGUCAAUGUCCAAGAAAUCAAGGAAUUUACAUAUAAGCCUUCAAACCAAGAUGACAUUUUCACUGUUUUUGAAGAUGUAGCUUUAGCCGAAGCCAAUGAAAGGGAAAUUGAACCAUGUGUUGCACAUAGUCCUCCCAGCCAUGCCCCAAAAGUUCAUAUGGUGAGUCCUGAAAUGAGCAUUGUAAAAAAAGACGGCAUUCUGACACAUUCAAAGGUGUUUGUUGAUCAGAAUGAUGAGAUAGAAGAAGAUGAGAGUGGGUGGGAAACUGUCAGCCAUCUUGAGGAUCAGGACUCAAGUUAUUCACCAGAAGGAAGUGCUGCAUCUGUGAACAAGAAUCAUCAGGACAGCAAUUUCUCAGGUAGUGGAACUGAAUGGGAAGAUAAUGCAUGUCGAGAUACCCCAAUCACAGAAAUUAGCGAAGUUUGCUCAUUGCCUGCUAGACAGUUGAAGAAGGUGACGUCAAUAGCAAGGCUUUGGAGAUCAUGCCCAAAUGAUGGAGAAAAUUACAAGAUAAUCUCAGUAGAAGGAACAAAUGGCAGGCUUUCAAAUGGAAGGAAGUCAAAUGGAGGCAUUAUGUCCCCAGAUCGACGGUCAGGUAAAGGUGGGCUCAGCCCCCCAGACUUGGUGGGACAGUGGAGUUCACCUGACUCUGGUCAUCCACACAUAACCAGAGGGAUGAAAGGGUGCAUCGAAUGGCCUCGUGGUGCACAGAAGAAUAGCUUGAAGUCAAAACUUUUGGAGGCAAGAAUGGAAAGUCAGAAGGUCCAAUUGCGGCAUGUUCUUAAACAGAAGAUGUAGAACCAGAUGGUGAUUUCAACAGCCUAGCUUGUUCAUCACGGUAGCUGAAUUAGGCAACUUCUGCUGCUAGUACAAAACUGGAUAAAAGAUGAGGGAGCAUGUGAAUAUGGACACCUGAUUGGCCUCAUGGAUUUAUAGAUUCUCUGGUUAUCCGAUUCUUGCACCUUAGCUCAUGCUAUGCUGAGAGUUCUGUUGCAUCCCUUAUGUUGAUAUCUUGGUACGAUGCUCUUGAUGAAACUGUUGGACCACCUCCUUUCAUCCGUUGUUGUAAUCUGCCCGGGAGCCAUAGUCACUCUCUUUGUAAUCGAGAAAGUAAUGUAUGCCAUUUGUACUUUAUCCCUAGGAUCCGAGCAAGGAAAACAAAUUCAAGGUAGACUGAAAUGAUAAUAUUUUCCUCUCUAAUUUUUUGUAAUUUUGUUAUAAGAGAUGCCUCUUUGAACUUCCUAUGGAUAAAAUAAAGGACCACAAUAGUAUUCUCUGACCGACUGGGUUACUAUCUGUGGCCAACCCGAAUAGAAUAAGGAUUAUUUGGUUUUCAAUCCGUUGGAUUAUAUAAUUACUCUUAACAGAUGGUAUUUAUAUUCUUAAGAAAUAUGUCUGAAAUUCAAAUUUCAACCUCUAUUAACUCCUAUCUUCAAUCAUCAACUGCGAUCCCUUUUGUAAAAGAAAAAUGGUGAAGCACUCCUAAUAAACUGCUGGAUUCUUGUGGCUGAUAGGCUGCAUUCAAUACUGGAUUGAUUCAGAAGUUAACAGAAUGAAAUAUUUUCUUCCUCUGAUAAAAUCUUACAGCUAAGAGAGAGAGAUGAAACAAAUCUAAAAACAAACAAUCUUAAAACAGUGGCAAAUAUGAAAUUAUGAUUAAGUAAAAGACUAUUUCAUGCUUUGGUAGUCUUACAAAAAUUAUUUUAAGGUGCGUUCAUAUGAAAGAUUUAAUAUGGGAUUUAUUUGUAGAACAAAUACAUAUUUGGCAGGUCUAAUGUAAAGAAUUGUCAUCAGCAGGCACAAUUACUCCUGUUGUGAACCAGAUCAUGAAGGCUUGGAAAAUUGUUUUGCUUAUGUCUACCCCAAC